CAAGACUAUUGUGGAUUCUGCGCAUCGCGACGUGUCGACAUUGUUCGGUGGGUAAAAAAAGAAGCUGAGAAAUCAUGGAUGGAUUUUGACGGCGCAUGACGCCUGACACGUUCUUUUUUGCAAAGCUCCCUAAGAGCUGUAGUUUUCUUUUUUCUUUUCAAAUUCUUUUCUUCUUUUCUUGACAAUCUCUCCUUCUUAUUUCUAGAACUUUGGAUCUUUACUUAACUAUCCUUCUAUCCACCCGUUGGGAUUUUGCUGCUUGAAUCUGGCAUCCCUCUCUUCGCACCCAACUCUCUCCCCCUCACAUCUACUGAGGCCACGGUUGCCUUGCGAAUCGAGUUCAAGCCACACAGACGUCGAAGCGAUCAUUCCAGAUCUAACCGGCUGCCGUCCAAAUCAACCGGAAGCCAAAAGCUGUCAGUCCGUCCGUCUAUGCGUCAAACUUUUGCCUAGGACCACUGUUCGGUUUGACACAAUCCGGAUUUCCUUUUCGACGACUUGCCACUUCCUCACCAAACAAAACCACUGUCAUAUAACUUGUCGAGUACAAACAACGAAAAAAAAAGAGCACACAACAACCACAAAUAAAAACGAAAAUUCUUCUGUUGGUACACCAACGUCAAAGGUUACCCUGAAGCGCCUAGAUUCACUCCUUCUCGCGAGUUUCUGAGCGUCAAAAAAGAGGUCCAUUCGUCUGCGCCACCGCAUCCUUCCCCCAUAAGUCUCCAACGCCUUCUCGAAAACCAAGUCUUUCUUAAGGUCUAUUCGAUGAGCGUCAGGUCGAAACGAAACAAGUCUCCCAAGCUCGGGCUGAAUACAGCCCUUGACUCCAAGGGCGGAACAGGGAAAAGUAACGGAGUAUCGACAAUGAACAAGAACGCCGAGUACAGGCGCAAGCCGGGUCCUCAAGGCUCCGAAGUUGUGACAUCAAACCUGAUGGCGCGCGAGAAUUUCUCUCUCGACGACCCGGUACCAAAGACGCCUGCGCUCAACAACCAUGGCUUCUUCGAGCUUCCUCUUGUGGAUCAGCGCAACUUUGGCCUCCUCGUACUAUUAUACUUCAUGCAAGGUGUACCCAUGGGUCUGGCCACUGGCUCUGUGCCAUUUCUGCUCAAGGAUCAUAUGUCAUACAGUGAGAUUGGAGUUUUCAGUCUGGCGUCGUAUCCGUACUCUCUGAAGCUCCUCUGGAGUCCCAUUGUGGAUGCGAUAUGGAGUCCGCGCGUAGGUCGCCGUAAGAGCUGGAUUCUGCCAAUCCAGAUCCUCUCGGGUCUGGGCAUGCUCUUGCUCGGCUCAACGGUGGAGAACAUGAUGGCCAUGACCGGCAAGCCUGGUGGGCCGACAGUCUGGGGCUUCACCGGCUGGUGGUUCUUCCUUGUGCUUAUGUGUGCCACUCAGGACAUCGCCGUCGACGGCUGGGCCCUCACUCUGCUCACUCCCGGCAACAUUUCCUACGCCUCGACUGCGCAGACGGUUGGUUUGACAGCUGGCCAAUUCUUGUCGUACACAGUUUUCCUUGCCUUCAACUCGAAAGAUUUCGCCAACAAGUGGGUCCGGACAACCCCUCUGGACCACGGCCUCCUCAGUCUUGGUGGAUACCUGAGCUUCUGGGGUUGGACCUUCAUCCUGGUCACGAUAGGGUUGGCCGUGUUGAAGCGCGAGGACCGUACGCGCAAUGAGGAUGGCGUCUGGGACGUCUACCGCAUCAUGGUGGGCGUGCUGAAGCUGAAGCACGUCCAGACCAUCAUUGCUGUGCACCUUAUCGCCAAGGUCGGUUUCCAGGCCAAUGACGCCGUUACCAACCUCAAGCUGCUCGACAAGGGCUUCGGUACUGACAACAUGGCGCUCACGGUCCUGAUCGAUUUUCCGUUCGAGAUUGGUCUCGGUUACUACGCCGGCAAGUGGUCGCAAGAGUAUACUCCGAUGCGCUUGUGGUGCUGGGCGUUUAUUGGCCGUCUGAUAGCGGCCCUGGCGGCACAGUUCACCGUGUAUAUUUUCCCGGCGGAUGGUGUAACGCCAUGGUACUUGCUGGUUGUGAUCGCAGAGCAUAUAUUUUCGACCUUUACAAACACCGUUAUGUUCGUGGCGGUGUCGGCGUUCCAUGCCAAGAUUGCGGACCCCAUUAUUGGCGGCACAUACAUGACGCUGCUUGCAACCGUCUGCAACCUUGGUGGCACAUUCCCAAGGCUGUUCGUGCUCAAGGCCGUCGAUGCCUUCACCGCCGCGACCUGCCACCCGCCCAGCUCGCUUUUGGACCAGGACAUCAAGAAACUCAAAGGUCCCCUGGUCACGCAGCCCUUCUCAUGCGCCGUUCAGGCCGAGAAGGAGCGUUGCUUGGCCGGCGGUGGCAUCUGCGAAAUUACGCGCGACGGCUACAAUAUUGUCAACCUCCUGUGCGUCGGGUUCGGCAUAGUAACUUUUGUCUUGUUUAUUCGCCCACGGGUCAUGCAGCUUCAGGCGCUGCCCCUGAGGGCUUGGAGGCUAAGUAGCAUGAAUUCGCGAUCAUGAAAGCAUCUUUCUUGGCACAAGGUUCUUUCUUUUGUGGUGGAAAAAAAAAUCUCUUUUCUUUUCUUAUUAUGCUUCAUUGCGAAGUGUAUGACAUGGCAUGUAGGAAAAUGUGUACGAUUUGUCCAUAAACAAUAAACAGCUUGCUAUAUAAGAAUCAAGACUGCACACCCUCACUACUGUUGUGCCUGCCUAGUGUAUAAUUUGCUUCCUGCGUGAUGUGGGAGCGCAGCGAACAAAUGCGUGACAACUGAAGGAAUUGGAUUGUCUUUAUUUUUUUUCUUCUCUUGGGUAGGCCUCAUUAAUCGGCAAUUGACAGGCCCGAGAAGCACC